GCGGUAUGCUAUUUUCGAGUUUGAUCUAUAAGUGAUUUCGGUAUCGUGGCUUAAUUUCGAGCUUAGCUUUGGCCAGCAAAUAAGAAAGACAAGAUUGAAGGGCGACGUCAAUGAGGCGGGUGACGUCGCGUCGGUUCGACGAUACUUGCUCUGGACUACAAGUACGAGGCGGAUAGCUGCUGGAGCAACAGCGGCAAUGUGUAAGUGGGCGUAAGGGCCGAGAGAGAGAACGUCGUCCCGUGUUCCAUACAUGGCUAUGCUAUGUGGAAACCGAGAGACACAGAGAGACGGACGCACCGGCGGAGUCCCCACCGUGUGGACACGGCGAAGGCGUCGUUUUCUCGACACGAGUGCCCACCGCAUGUUUCGUGCACAGUGUGUGCUAGCACGACGUCGUUGCACGACCGUUCUCCUUUUUUGUGUUCACAAUAAUACGAUCGGUCGUUGAAUCCGAAAUCUCCGUAAGAGACGAGACGGUAUAAUACAAGUCGGUACAAUUGCAAGAGGAGAAAACGCGAGGCUUCAAACUAGCCGCAUAGGAAGAUGCACUCGCGAACACGUCACUGGCGUGGGUGUUGCCGUUCCUUUUGCCUAUUUUGAAUAAAAAAAAGGUGGCAGACAGCGUGGUCCAGAACAGUCCAGUUUCGAAGUUGAAGCAGGUCCGCGCCUAUGGCCGAGUGACAGCUCUUUCGGUUGAGCGAGCGUGCGAUUGGUCCGCUUGUGCCUACUCUUAACGUUACCGUGUGUUGCCUGUGUGCAACAAUCAACGUGGGUUGGAUGCGUAAGUGCGCCUGCGCGAGUGCUACGACGUACCAGCCGCGUGUACGUGUGCCGCGCGUGAAGAGAGCCACAGGGGCCACAAAUCCCAGAUCAAAGGGACAUAUAUUACUAUAGAAUGCUGUGGACGCCACGAUGUUCCCUAAUUUUAUUGUUAACAAUGAUGGCGUCUUGCAUAGACGCAAUGAUGAGUGAUUUCCUGGAAGAUGAAACGACCAUCAAUACGAUCUCGAUGACUACCUCGGCAUCGAUGGUCAUAACAACAUCUAGUUUAAAUAAAGCCGAGAAAACGAUGGUUAAUUCAUCAAAUACUGUAAAAAGCCAGAACGAGAAAAAUGUUGAAGACCCGUCCCACGCAUACUCACCUUCGUCUGAUAUGGUUUGGGAAUGUCCAAAUAUUACAAAAGCGGGCGUCGAGUGUUCCUGCGACUUUCCACACACAUUAAGAUGCACCGGUGAUAGAACAGCACUGCAGAUUAUCAGUCAACACUUAAGAUUCAGCCGUCCAGGAACGAUCUCUUUACUAGAUGUAACAGUGACGGGAAUCUCAAUGCUACCAGCUCGUUUCCUCGAGGAUGUUGCCUUGCACGGAUUCGUCGUUUCUACCGGCGAAUUGAGACGCGUUCAUGAAAAUGCUUUUAUUGGUCUUGUAACACCUCUUCAAGCUCUUGGACUUCCGAACAAUUUAUUAGAUUCUGUACCUACUGCAGCUUUAUCGCAUUUAAUCGGCUUAGAAAGAUUGGAUCUGUCUCAGAAUAAAUUAAAGACGUUGGAGGCUGAGUCUUUUAAGGGCUUAUCAAAUUUGACAUACUUAGAUUUGUGUGACAACUUAUUGUCGCAAUUAUCGCCUCAAGCUUUUGUCGCACUGCCUUUGCUACGUUCGUUGAGGAUACGCGGUAAUCGUUUAAGCGUGUCAGCACUCUCAGCCCUCAGAGGACUUAAAAGUUUGGAGGAACUUGAUUUGUCCAACAAUUUAUUGUUGGGCCCAAUGGGUCCAAAUCUUCUUCCUCAAAUGCCACGAUUACGUUUCUUAACUGUGUCUGAAAACGAGCUAAUAAAUGUACAGCAAGGAGCUCUUGUGGGUUUAAAGAAUUUAACUUAUCUGAGUUUAAGCCACAAUCAGAUUGAUGUAUUGGAGGAUCAUUCGUUCAAAUACCUAUCGACUCUCACUAGACUCGAUCUAGCAAAUAAUCGCAUCGUUGCGGUAUCCAGCGCUUCUUUGGCACAUUUAGAAAAAUUAGUAACUCUGGAUUUGACGCAUAAUUUUUUGCGAUCUCUGACUGCUGACUUGGUGGUACCAUUAAAAAGUCUUCAAGAUUUGCGUCUCGAUGAUAAUGACAUCACAAUGGUGGCAAGCGAUGUACCAACGUCCAAGUUACGGCUUACAAAACUUUCCUUGGCCGACAAUCCUUUGAAUUGUGAUUGUACGCUUCUAGAAUUCGCCAAUUGGUUAAGUAAUUCCAGCUUGAACGAAGAAGAUAAGUCUUCAGCGGUCUGUGCAACACCACCCGCUUUGGAAAAUGGUAUACUGACGCAAGUCUCUCCCGGUAGCCUCCUUUGUGGUGAGCCGACACCGCCAAUCAUGACCAGACUGCCUCUAGCUGGUGCUCAAUUAACACUGAAAGAAUUUCAUUAUGACAAAUCAAUCGGUAUUAAUCUCUUAUGGCAUGUAGAACCAUGCGCAGAGCGAUAUACAUGUGAUACCCUAAUUGUAUAUGAAACCAUAGGUGAUAGCGAGGUUCAAACAGAUUCUAGUUCUCUUCAUUGCGACUCACGUAUGAUGAAAGAUCCUUGUUCACUUCCGAUCGCCAUACCUGCUUCAUUACAUUUACAACCAAGCCAUAAAUAUCGCUAUUGCGUAGUACUCCUAGUACCAAAUAGCUACGAUGAUGUUUCUUUAGGUUUGGGUUGCAGUGAUGUAAUUACAUUAGAAGAAUCUAAGCGAGUAUUACAACAAAAUCAAGAAACUGCAGUGUCAGGGUCUUCUUCGUCGUUAGACACCAGGAUAACUGGAGUACACGUAAACGUAUCUGACCAAGGUUUCAUGUACGUCGACGUUAGCUUAUCAAUCUCGAAAAAGUUGAAUCUACCUGAAUGCGAACUUUCUGUCAUCGUUUUUGAUGCUGAAUCUGCGGUGAAUAAGCGAAAACUGAAUUGCAGUUUAACGUUUGUAACGCUAGCUGUACUGUUACCUGGUCAUUAUAAAGUUUGCGCAAGUCUUGAUGAAAUCAGUGAAGAAGAUGUUAUCGCGAACUUUGUAAAUAAUCAAGAUAGAUUACGCUGCGUCGAAGUGCAAGGAUUUAAGCAAAAUACGGAGCUAAUUGUCUUAGCGACAAUCGGAGCUAGUUGUGUUCUUUUAAUCACGUUUGUACUAAUUGGUAGAAGCGUUUUGAAAAGAGUGAGACAUCCCAGGAUACAGACACAAUGUUUCUUACCGGCACAGGAAUUUGAAAUAACUCACAAAGCACAUUAUAUUAAAUUAUUAGCUACAACAAAAGUUUAA